GUCGGACUGAUGAGCGUGACACAAACAGGAAGCGGUAGGGCUGAAGGUUUUUUGGGCAGAGUUGUUGGUCAGACAGCCAUUGCAGUAUCGUGGCUCCGUAACUAAACGUCAAAAUCCACGUAAAGGAGGACCUGGCAUCACACGGGGAGCCUGUGUUUACAUGAAUAUACGAGCUAACACUCUCACACCACCGAUCUACGUCUGAAAAACGGGACCCACCAGCUCCGGAUAUGUCCUUCAUCUUUGAUUGGAUUUAUAGCGGUUUCAAUAGUGUUCUACAGUUAUUAGGACUGUAUAAGAAGUCUGGGAAAUUAGUAUUUCUGGGUCUGGACAAUGCCGGCAAAACCACACUACUGCACAUGCUCAAAGAUGACAGAUUGGGCCAGCACGUUCCCACCCUACAUCCCACCUCUGAAGAGCUGACAAUCGCUGGGAUGACCUUCACCACAUUUGACCUUGGAGGACAUGCACAAGCGCGUAGAGUGUGGAAAAACUACCUCCCGGCCAUUAAUGGCAUCGUGUUUCUGGUGGACUGUGCAGACCUCGGGCGACUGGGAGAGUCCAAAGCAGAGCUCGAUGCGUUGAUGACAGACGAGACGAUUGGAAACGUGCCUAUCCUGAUCCUGGGGAAUAAGAUCGAUCGGCAGGAAGCCAUCAGUGAAGAGAGGCUGAGAGAGUGCUUCGGACUCUACGGACAGACCACAGGAAAGGGGACCAUCCCUCUGAAAGACCUGAACACACGCCCCCUAGAGGUGUUCAUGUGCAGCGUGCUGAAGCGACAGGGCUACGGAGAGGGCUUCCGUUGGCUCUCCCAAUACAUCGACUAAUCAACAACAAACCAACCGACAGCCACCAUCUAAAACCACCAACCAGACCAACCCACCUGCUCCAUCUGACCACCGGGGGGCGCUAUACCCAGCCACACACUCACAGCAGCCAUAAGGCCUUCAGAAUCCCCCAUAGACUGGAUACGGUUGGACAUUUUGCACUUCAGAAAUCACUUCAUUUUUCUAUUUUUUUUUUUUUUUUCAAGAGGGCAAUGUCGCAAAUCCGCAAAAAUGGUGUUCAAAUAAGUCUAAGAACUUUUGUAUCUUUUUAGUGUCUGUCUCUUCACCUCUGCUAUUCGUAUAGAUUACUCUAUAUAUAUAUAUAUCACUGUAAAUUUAUAAAACUCAUUGGUUUAGUUCACAAAUCUUCCUUGUCUCCUCUGAAAUAGUUGUAACCAUUGCCGUUUUUUUUAACAGUACAAACUCUACCAUUCACAUUGUAAUUUAGCCAUUAAUUCUCUUCAUUUUUACAAUAAUAAAAAGCUAAAUAUGGCCACGUAAACAGCACUCACAUAUAGUGUUGAAACUAUUUUAAUCAUCAAACUUAAAGCUGCAGUGUGUAACUUUUCCACUGGGCGUUAUGCCGUCUUGCUCGUCUCUAUGGAGAUGUUAUUUCUUUGCCUAUUCCACUAUAUGGCAUUAAAUGUUUGUAUCCAUCUUUUAUUUAAGUACAGGUGUUUCUAUUGCUCAAAAAUGCCUUGAAAAAAACAUGCAUUCUUACCUGCUUGACUACAUUGAGAUGGGUCAGUUUAAUGCCAUACUGCGGAACAUUCUAGGCGAAGCAAUAACUGACAGAAAAGUUGCAUAGUGCAGCUUUUAAAAAUCAUUCUUGAGGUGAGUUUUCUAUGUUGUAGCGUCCAGAUAAGCAGAUAGAACACAUUUUUAAGAGACACUUUUGGUGGAUGGAUGACCAAAUGAGUGGGGAUUUUAAUAGGAACAACAGGGCUCGACAGUCUCGCCCACUUUGAAGUCUUCUCUGGUUCUGGAAGUAAAAUGUCUUUGUAUUUCUUGGAAAGGUCUAUGGGGAAAAAUACAAAUAUUAAGAGUUCAAUGCAUUGUGAAGGCUAACCAGCUAUGUAACUAUGUAACCAAUGUCCAUAAUACGGUUGUUUUAAGCUCAGAAAGCAUGUCUAAAACGUUGUGAGGCAAAAUGUUUUAAUAACUGUGGUUUAUAAAGUUUCAGAAGUAGAUUUUACAUAGAAUUAUAGGUCUUGUGGUCGUUAGUUACUACAUUAGCCAUGAGCAAGCUUUCAAACUUUCAAUAUCAUUUUUUUCCUGAAUGUUUAUGGGAAAAAAUAAUGGGAAUUUUACUUUCAGAACCAGGAGGUGGUUCCAUUGGCUCCAUUGACUGUAGUUAAAUCAAUGGAAAAGUGGAUAUUUAACUCAAAUGGCUCGAUGCAGUACCUUGUGUUAAAGGAGGGAGUUGUAGUUUAAAAGCCCAUAUUAUUUAAAAGGGUGGAGUUUUAGUGACCAAGCAGAAGUGAAUUACAAAAUGUGUCCAGAAAGUGAUAUUUUUAACGAAAAAGUUAUAAAGCUGCACUAUGUAACUUUGGUUGGAGGGUCUGCCAGAGUCACUCACUUGUCUCCAUGGAGAUGUUAUCAUUGCUUUGCCUGGCAUGUACCACAGUAUGGCAUUAAACGUUAUUUAGUCCGCACUUAUUAUUAUUAUUUGCAUUGUUAUUGCUAUUGAAAAAACACUUAACCUCGAUCAAUGCGUUUAAUGCCAUCCUGUGGAACAUUCAGUCAAGCCAAUAACGUUUCCCUAGAGAAAAGGAGGUAGCAGACCCUCCACCAGAAAAUGUAACUGUUAAUAUUUAUCAUAAAAUGAACAUUUAGAACUCGUGAGCAGGGUCGUAACAAAAACAAAUUAUGAAUAAAUACAUUUUUAUCAAUCUUACAAAAAUAUAUACUGAAAUGUGAAAACAGUAACACUUAAAAUACUGCUUUCUGGACAUAUUUCAUAGGCCCUGUAGUAAAAAUCGGGCCAAAAUCUUGAUUAUAAUGUCAAAGGGACCAUACAUUUAUGAAGUGUACUCUACAUCGUACAUGGAGUUUUGUAUUUCCAAAAUGGUGUCCUUUAGACUCUGUGCAUUACAACGCAGACAUUAUGCAUGCCUUCUUAUUUUUCCAUUAUUCCGGCAAAAAGGAGGGAGGAAAACAUGCCAAAACAAACCAGGAACGCUGAAAUGUAAAGUGUUUUUUUAACGUCCCUAUGUCUAAUACACAGUCCAUUCCCAUUAUGUCCGAUUAGACCAACAGAAAGACGACGGGACGAUGCUGUUUUUUGAAUCAAACAAAUGUAAUAAAUGUUUGCAAUGAAUAACAGGCUUUGAGUCCAUUUGGAGUAAAAAUAAAUAAAUAUUAUUAGUACAACAA